AUAUUAUAUCCGAAUUGGCAAUAAUCCUUUUUAACUGAUUGUGCAGUAAUAGUAGUUUUGUGUUGUGUCAUCACAGUAUCACGUGAUGCCUAUUGACUUCCGUAGUUAUGCUGUUUGCUCUAAAGCCAUAAAACUUUGCUUCACUUUUAUAUCUUGAAUAAAGUCAGUUGGUAUGUGGUAAGAACGAGUUAUAAGAGGCCAAGAUUUAUAUAUUUUUUAAAUGUCAUGUAAUCAUAGUUGUUAAAGGGUGAUAUUAAUAGUUUUAAUUUGUGCAAAAUCUUCCCUGAAAUGGCUACCGCCUUGGCUUCACUUCCACUCAGUCAUUUUUACCAUCAAACCUUGGGGUCUGAUCAUCUCUCUCAGAACUUGGCUUCCAACGAGAGUUUUACUCCUUUGCAACAGGAUAGAUUCACAGUUAGUCCAGAUAGAUAUGAAGAGUACAGAUCGACAGUUAAAAAGCAAGCUCGUGCGCCCUGGGGCAGACUCCGCGAUUACGGUGGAAUGCAAAAAAUACAACUUCCAGAAGAAUUCAUUAAGCUAAAAGGUUACCCUCCUGUUGUCGUGCAAAAGGGACAUCGUCAUUAUGGAACUGGAGCAAGCGAUUCCCGGUAUCUUCCCAUACCGCAGUAUUAUGAUGUCACAGACCUAAAAAAAAGUAAUGUGCGUACCAGCGACCAGGUGCUACCAUCUUCACCAGACAAACAAAUGAGCAACUUGCAGAUAGAUCUUCCAUUUCCGGCGGAACAUCCGCAUUCUUCACACAUUGAACGGUUUGCUCUUUUUCCAUGCUUUAAAAGUCCCGAUGACCGUACAAACGGAGAUCCAAUUCGAGGCCAGACACCGUUACAUGCCAAUGCCGCAUCUUCCGCUCAUAAAUUUGCAGUCGUUGAUAAGACAAAAGGUGCAGCAUUUCGAAGAGAAAUUCAGGAAUAUCCGCAAGCAAGCAAAAAAGAACCUCUAGUUUGGAAUUCUGAAGACAACAUUUAUCAACUGAAGAAGACCCCAAUAAGCGGAAGACAAGCGUUCUACCCAACUCCGCCAAAAAUGGUUCAUCCGAAUACCAGAUUAAGAAGUGAAGAACAAACUUUGGAGUUAAGAUCUGUAAACUGUUUAAGGAACAUCGAACGUGAUCAAUGGAAAACGACCUAUGAUUACAACUAUACUGGUAACGGCCCUUCAAACGUCAUGCAUAUCGAUGAUUACCACAAGAAAAUGAUUAAUGCGAUCGAAUCCGGCAGCGACACAGUUGACAACGAAUUGAUGCCACUUACCACGCCGAUAUUCCUUCCGUCCCGGCCAGUUGAAGGAAGGUAUGCACGGAUGUAUCAGAACCGUAGAGAACUCAAAGCGGACAUUCGAUAUCCAGAUGAACAUUCAGCAGACACCACAUUGGAUGUGGUCGACAAUCGAGAUUACUUGUCGUUGCCAGCUACACCAAACUCUAUACGGCGCAUCGAUGAAUGGUACAAGACCGGGAGGAAUACUUCUGAUCCUGUUGUAGAAAGGACAGAAGUACCAAACAGGAAUAUAUGUUGGACCGAUAAGGACUUGCAAUCGGAUGAUGGACAAUGGAAAGAAUUGCAACUAAAGAAUAAUGCUGAACACGGUUUGCAAACAGUUGCCCGAGCCCAAAACCACUCCGACUUAUCCCUGCCUUACAACGAAUACCGAAAUCUUCCUAAGAAAGUAGAAGAACUUGUGAACCUGCCAGAAGAAACAAAAUAUUACUUGAAGGAUUACCAGGAAGAAAGGGAUAUUAAAUUUAAGAACAUAGAGCGAAUGCGCGAGUUGAAAAAACUUGAAUCUCAGUAUCAAUCAAAAGAAGAUUUAAAAGCAUUGCGAAACAAACUUGAUCAAAUGGGAACACGACUUGAACCCAAAGCGCUGGAUCAACAUUCAGAACAGAUCACUAUGGAUAAAAACAAGGAGGAGGAACUUCGAAUGAAAACUGACUCCUGUGAAGAGCGGUACAAAACUGGACUUAAGUUUUCGACUGAGAAAAUCAGCGAUAUAGGGUCACUGACCGACUUACACAACAGGCAGUUAAAGGGUUACAAAGACUUCGCUGAAACCCCCAGUCCACGUUCAUCAAACGUCGACCCAUCGUUACAAAACCACCAGGGUGUGCUAGCGAGUUACAUCACUCGCUCCAACCCAGUUUCGUUAAGUUUGGAUGCCAGUAAGGCGGAAAGUGGUGCUCGAUCAGGAACAUUGUCGUCCAUGAGCGGUGCAAGCACUGGCUCUAUAUUGAAAACACCAGGUUCUCCACCGAGAGCCGGAUCCAGCAAGAGUAUUUCAUUUAAUGAAGUUAUAAGAGUUGCAACCUCUGAAUACGGUUCCAACUUCAAAGUUACAACAUUCCCUUUGUCGAACACGGAAUCAACAUUAAAAAGGCCGUCUACCCCACUUCCUACACCCCAUCGCCCCAUUCGCGAACCAUCCGUUUAUUCAGGAACAUUGUUGCCUGGUCCAGCGCUCCGACCAUCAACGAGCGAUAGCUUUGCCCACGUUAAGACAUCUCCACGGGAUUCCUGGAAAUGGAAUUUUGACACUCGAGUUAGUGCUGAAUUUAAACCUAUCUGGCGAUCCCAACCGGGAACUCCUUACACGCAGUCAUCGCUCAUGGAUAUACAAAAUAAUUGGAGCAAGAGUGACGCACACAGGCGACUACACGAAUCUUUACCAGAAACAGCGCCGGAUUUAAGAUCUAAUUUGCGCCACUAUGAAAUUGCUGAAAAAUCACAAGAUUUAAAAUUUCAUCACUCAAUAAAGCAUCGUGAGAAACGACACAAGUUUUAUGGAUUCCACAGCUAUCAUUUCUACAAUGGCAACGCCAUGCUUUAAACGAA